AUGAAUGAACGUGUGAGCAACUUACCAGAUCCGUCAUCUCACCACGAGGAAGAAAAUUCUUUGGAUAUUAGGACGGCUCAUGACGAAUCAAUUGCCGUACAUUCAGAGUCUGCUGGUGUAGAGACGGAAGACGAAAAAGCGAGCGAAUCAUCGGACCGCGAAGAAAAUGAUGGAAACCCACUAACACCCGCGGGUACUACCCAGGACGAUGACAGCGACAGUAUGCUAGUGGAUGCUAUUCCUAGUUUGGCUGAGCAAAGAGAUCUCAUUUCCAAAAUUUAUGCAGAACAUCAGAAGGAAGCGAAAGAAGGAGACAAAGUCUAUAUUAUCCCCUCUAUGUGGUUUGACACUUUCUGGAACACCGAAAUUACAAAUUACACAGAUAUAGAGCCAAUAGACACUGUUUCAAUCUGUAAAGAUUUUGAGAACUUUGUCUUAGCUGAUUAUAAUGUGUCACCUUAUUUAUCUGUUCCGGAAGAAGCGUACGAGAAAUUCGUCGAGUGGUAUGGUUUAACACCAAAUUCAAAACCAGUAUGCACUUUUCUGAUAAAAGAUACGAAUGACCAGCUGGUUACCGAGUAUAAUAGAUGCUUUUUCAGGGUCCACCUUUUGAGAAAUGCCUCAGAAGAAACAAGGUCAUAUAAUGCCAACGCUUCUCCCUUAUUUUUCACAUUGUCGAAGCUCAGCUCUAUCAGAGACGUGGCUCAACGAUGCUUGGAAGUUUUUGAUGCACACGAGGAAAGUUUUGAUUUACAGAGACAUAAGUUCAGAAUAUGGUAUUUCAAAGAUCCAGGGAAUUCUGAAGAAAGUACUUCUUUCACGUCCCGAUACAGAAUCAGCCCUUUGGUAUUUACUGAUAUAUCAAUCAAGCACAGAAUUGUACCCAAAAUCUUUGGAUGCUUAAUUAAAGAUCUCAGAUAUUCCGUAAUAGACUUGGCGGUUGAGUACAAAGAACCCAAUAUGGGACAACACUGGGCUUCAAACUAUUUCUCUUAUCACAAAUUAUGCCCCUCGAAGGGUAUAGUGGGCUUGUCUAAUCUUGGCAAUACUUGCUACAUGAACUCUGCUUUACAAUGCCUUGUGCAUAUCCCAGAACUCAGAGACUACUUCCUUUACAAUGGAUAUGGGGCGGAGAUAAACACCAACAAUCCUCUAGGAUAUGGUGGACGCGUUGCACAAGCAUUUGCCGGUCUUAUUCAAACCCUCUUUGGUGAAAGUAUCUCUGAAAUAACUGCCUAUUCACCAAGAAACUUCAAAUCGGUCAUUGGACAUUAUAACUCUAUGUUUGCUGGAUUUUUGCAGCAGGAUUCACAGGAAUUCAUGGCCUUUCUUUUAGAUGGUUUACAUGAAGAUUUGAACAGAAUUCUAGAAAAGCCAUAUGUUGAAAAACCAGAGCUAUCUCCCGGUGACGAUGUGAAUAACUUUAAUGUUAUCAAGGAACUCGCUGAAAAUACUUGGGAUAAACAUAAAAUGAGGAAUGACUCGAUGAUAAUCGACUUGUUUGUGGGUAUGUAUAAAUCAACAUUGGUUUGUCCCCAGUGUAGCAAUAUCUCAAUUACGUUCGACCCCUACAAUGAUCUCACUUUGCCUCUCCCUGUUGAUAAUUACUGGUCUUCUAAAAUUAUUCUAUUUCCAUCUCAGUCUCCGCCAUGUCUUUUAGAGAUCGAGUUACCGAAAACAGCGUCCUAUAAAGAAUUAAAAGAAUAUGUCGCAAGCUGUGCAAAUAUGAAGGCAGAUGAUCUUUUAGGAGCAGAAAUUUUUAACCAUCAAUUUUACAACAACUAUGAGGCACGAAACUCAGACUCUCAAUAUCUUCCAGUGCAGGACUUGAUCUCAAAAGAUGAUUUCGUGGCAUUCUACGAGGUCCCUAGGGGAGAAAAUGACCUCGUUGUACCUGUACUAAACACAAGGUUUGAGGAAGGCUUCAAAAAUUCAAGACUCUUUGGAUAUCCAUUUUUUAUAACACUUUCUAAUGAGGAACAGCACUCUUACGGUACCAUUCGACAAAAAUUGGAGAAAUGCUUCGUAAAUUUGAGCGGUGGCUUCAUUGACUUCCCCUUUUUGAAAAGUGAUGACAACGUGUCAAUAGAUUCGCUACCCUUAUUAAGUCAAAAAUAUCCUGGCGUUGACUUUACGCAGUUCGAGAAUGACAUUAGACAAUGCACUCCCGACAAACAGCCGAAUAGAUUUUUCGAUAUCAAAGUGCUGACUUGUAAACAACCAGCUAGCAGUGAUUCUAAUUUGCAUACCUCUCCAGAGUCGAGUUUUCUCAGGACUGAAAUAUGGACACCAGAUAGUCGCGCGGCAUUGAAUAUGGCAGCUGAUAUCACCCUAUCGAUGAAUAACGUUGCUAAGGAUAUUUAUAACUACUACGACUUGGUGAAAGACCAAAGGGAGGAAAUUGAAGAACUGGGGCGUCUCACUGACGAGAAGAAACGUAUUGCCUCAGAGGUGGAGGAAUCCGAGGAAGGAGAGGAAAUAAUCUCAGAUAUGGAUGUUGAUGUUGAAGAGAACACCGAUGAUACGAAGAGCGUGAAAUCGUUGUCAAAUGAAGAAAAAUUGAGCGAAUCGUAUCCUUUCCAAAAGUUGAUAUGUGCUGGCUCUGCGUUAAUUUGUGAAUGGAGUAGUGAGGGUGCUUCUCAGGUGUUCUCAGAAGAUCGAGUGAUUUCAUGGGAAAAUCCCGGUAUUAUAACUAAUACUGUUUUAGAGAGUAGCAGAGAGGAAAAGAAUAAAAUGCGAGAGUCAAAAAUUCUUCUCGAAGAUUGCUUGAAUCUUUUUUCUAAACCAGAAGUUCUAGGAGCAGCAGACUCGUGGUACUGUCCUGUGUGUAAAGAACACCGCCAAGCAACCAAACAAAUUGAACUUUGGAAUACCCCGGACAUAUUACUGAUACAUUUAAAGAGAUUCGAAAAUAUGCGGUCAUUCAGUGACAAAAUUAAUGAAACUGUUCAUUUUCCGAUUACAGGCUUAGAUAUGUCUCCUUUCUUGGUUUACAACGAUGAGAGAAGUAAUAAUAUCUACGAUUUGAUUGCUGUAGACAACCAUUAUGGUGGGCUUGGAGGUGGCCACUACACAGCAUAUGUUAAAAAUCCCGCAGAUGAUGGGUGGUACUAUUUCGAUGACUCAAGAGUAAGCAAGACAGAUCCCGAAAAAUCUAUUUCUGGUGCUGCUUAUUUAUUGUUUUAUAGGCGGCGUACCGAGAAAGGUGAUUUAGGUGGUGAAAACUUGACUCAAAUUAUAAGAUCUUCUAGAGAACAACAUGACCUGAAAAUCAAAGAAUUAAAUGAGAGACAAGCGCAGUUCUACGAGGAUAACAAGUCCGAAAGUGAGGACGAAGCAAUUAAGGAAGAUCACAAAAAUUCACAAUGCGAAAAGGAUUUAGAUGAAAAAGAAAUAAGUUCAGCUCCCAACGAUGAUAAAAUGCACAUCACACGUCCAAGUAAGGAUUUGGAUUAUAGCAUCAAUAGUUUGGAGGUUGGCGAUCACAUCAAGGACUCGAAUACUGAAGAAAACGCUGCCAGGCGCAAGCUCCGCUUACUAAAUAAGACUUAUCUUAAUACUCCUACUAAUUCCUCUGAUGUUGCGUCGACUGGGGGAAGCUCAGAAUCAUCUGACGAAAGUGAAAGUAUAUCCCACAAUCUCAAUACGUCAAAUGUUAAUCCAGCACCCCAGUCACCAUAA